AUGAAUAGAUUAAAUAAGUUUGCUUUCAGCAAAAAACUAAAUAAAAUAAUUCAAAAUGAAGCUGAACGUGAGAGAAUAAGAAAAUAGGUUGGAGAAUCAGGAACAUUUGAAGAGAAUGGCAAAGCCUAUUAUUAUAGAGAUGGCAAAAUAAAUAAACUAGAUUAUAUUAAGAGAGAGGAAUUGAAAUUACAAGCCAAACUAGAUCCAUACAUAAAAGAUAAAGAGACAAAAUAAUAAUUACCUUUUUUAUUGAUGAGUGGAUGUAAUAGCAUUUUCUUAUAAUUGAUUUUAGUUUUGGCAAUCUUAUUGGGAACAAUAUUUUUGAGAUCACUUAAGAAACCUGAAAAGAAAACUGAAAUUGUUGAUGAUUCAAAUUAUGAAGCAAAUUAUUAAUAGGCUGUAAAAGAGUAGGAAGAAUAUGAUGAAUAAAUCAAAUAAGAGAAGCUUAAGAAAUUCAGGGAAUAAGAAAAUAAUGAUAUGGAAAAUGACAAGAAAAAAAGAGAUUUUAAAUGAGU